AUGGCGGCGCUGUCGGACACCUCCACGGCGGCGGCUCCUGCGGCGGCCGUUCCGGGCCCGGGACUCGAACCCGUGGCCCCGCGGACGGCGCACGACCUGGGCGACGCCCGGGCCCGCACGGCGGACGUGCUGGCGGAACCGGCGGGCUUCGAGUCGCUGCUGCUGUCGCGGCCGGUGCUGGCGGGGCUGCGCCUGGCGGGCUUCGAGCGCCCGUCGCCCGUGCAGCUGCAGGCCAUCCCGCUGGGGCGCUGCGGGCUCGAUUUAAUUGUGCAAGCAAAGUCUGGCACCGGGAAAACCUGUGUAUUCUGCACCAUUGCUUUGGACACUCUGAUUCUGGAAAACUUAUGCACUCAGAUCUUGAUCUUGGCUCCUACAAGAGAAAUUGCUGUACAGAUACAUUCCGUUAUCACAAGUAUCGGAAUCAAAAUGGAAGGCUUGGAGUGCCAUGUCUUUAUCGGAGGGACUCCAUUAUCACAGGACAAAAUAAAACUUAAAAAGUGUCAUAUAGCUGUGGGAUCUCCUGGCAGAAUUAAACAGCUGAUAGAACUUGAGUACUUGAACCCAGGGAGUAUCCGUCUCUUUAUUCUUGACGAAGCGGAUAAACUUUUAGAAGAAGGCAGUUUCCAGGAGCAAAUAAAUUGGAUUUAUUCUUCUUUGCCCAUCAAUAAACAGAUGUUGGCAGUAUCAGCUACUUACCCCGAAUCUUUGGCGAAUGCUUUGACCAACUAUAUGAGGGAGCCCACGUUUGUAAGACUCAAUUCCAGUGAUCCAAGUCUGAUAGGUUUGAAGCAAUAUUACAAAGUUGUCAGUUCUUAUCCCUUGGCACAUAAGAUUUUUGAGGAAAAGAGCCAGCAUCUACUGGAGCUGUUUAGCAGAAUUCCAUUUAACCAAGCUUUAGUCUUUUCCAAUUUGCACAGCAGAGCACAACAUUUGGCUGAUAUCCUUUCUUCCAAAGGCUUUCCUGCUGAGUGCAUUUCGGGCAAUAUGAAUCAAAAUCAACGCCUUGAUGCUAUGACUAAACUGAAGCAGUUUCACUGCAGAGUCCUUAUUUCCACAGAUUUGACUUCUCGUGGGAUUGAUGCUGAAAGGGUCAAUCUAGUUGUAAAUCUGGAUGUACCCGUGGAUUGGGAGACAUACAUGCAUCGGAUUGGCAGAGCUGGCCGUUUUGGUACUUUGGGACUGACAGUGACCUACUGUUGUCGGGGAGAGGAAGAAAAUAUGAUGAUGAAAAUUGCCCAGAAAUGUAAUAUCAACCUUCUCUCUUUACCAGAUCCCAUUCCUUCUGAUUUGAUGGACGAGUGCUUGGAUUGUGAUGUGGAGGUCAAAGCUGCUACCCAGACAUGUGACUUAACAAUUGGGCCUGUCCUGCCCCUCAAAAAGCAAAUUCAAAAGAUAGAGAGAAAUGGCCUGAGUCAGAAAAUGCCCGGCAAUCAUCUACCUACAUCUAGAAAUAGUUCGACAGCUGGGCUCUCGGUCAAAUCAAAAAAUAAUGCCAAACAGAAGCUACCAGCUAAAAGUAACUCGGAGUGUGCGGUCACAGAAAAGGCAGCGUCCCCAAAAGAACCUGGCUGUGUCAUUCAGCUGGAGGAGCAAAUGAAGACUUCCAUUCAGAGCCCCCCUGAGGACGUGGCUAGUCAACCGCAGCUCAAAGACGGUUCCUCCGUGGCACUCCCCAAAAUUCCUUGCCUGUCUUCCUUUAAAAUCCACAUGCCAUGCGCUUUAAGUUUUGAAGAGCUGGUCCAGGAUUACGAACACUAUAUUAAGGAAGGGUUUGAAAAGCCUGUGGAGAUCAUCAGGCACUACACGGGUCACGGGGAUCAGACGGUGACGCCUGAGAAUGGUUUUGUGGGGGAGAGAAUCACGGAGGAGAGAGUGCAGAUAUUGGCCAGCAGUAGCCCGUCCGGGGACUCGGAGAGUGACAGCGACUCUGACAGCUCCAAGACCUCUAACCAGAGCAAAGGAAAUAAAGCGUACUCGGAAGGCUUUUGUGAAACGCGGCCGAAAGAGACCCAGCCCACUUCUGCGGAUGGCUGCAUCGCUGUGGAACAUGUGGAACAUUCCCGUCUGAGCAGGAAUGAAGCCCCUCGAGUAGCAGAGUAUCAGGACUCCCCUGAAAUCCAAGCGAAGGCGAGGCACAAAGAGGGUGCCAGCCAGAGAGGUAAGCACAGCCGGAGAAACCUUCCGCGGCGUUCUUCCCAUCGAUUGCAGACGGAACCCCAAGAGGAGGGCUGGCGCGACGGCCACAGGGACGCCUAUCAGGACUCUGCUGAUGCCUAUCAGGAUUAUGAGGAGUACUGGAGAGCGUACUACAGAGCAUGGCAGGAGUACUACGCUGCUGCUUCUCAGUCCUAUUACUGGAAUGCUCAGAGGCAUCCCAGUUGGAUGGCAGCCUAUCACAUGAACACCGUUUAUCUGCAAGAAAUGAUGCGAGGCCACCAGUGCUGACAGAAUAUACCUCAGUCCACCUGGAGAUUGUAUCCAGGGAUCCUUCUGGAAAGCCUUCCUCCUCAACCUACAGCACAGCAGCAGAGAGGAGUCUUUCUGACUCAUACUGGGGCUUUCUGAAACACCUUAGUUUUCAGACUUUUGAUUUUUAUGUCAGGUAUGUUCUUUUGAAAAAGAAAUUUCAGGGACCAGAUUCUUGGAAAGAAUUUUGAACACAAAGCUUAAAGGAUUCCGGGUGCUAUUCCCAAAAGAAACGUUUUAAAAAGACACAUUCCGCUGCUUACUCAAACAAUAAAAACAGUUAAAAUUUGA